AUGGCGCGCUCUCUUCCCAAGAAGAAUAACCCUCUUAUCUCGGGGGAUGGUGCCCCUGCUUACGAUGACCUCCUGGCGCGUCGUCGCUUGGGAAAGACACAUCUCGCUGUGAAGGCGACGCAGAUCGGCACGUCCAAUGCGACUCGUCCGGAGAACCUGGGUCCCUUCGAGUAUGCUCAUCUACGCGCGCCUUUGCCGAAGGAUCUGAAAGGAUCUGAGAUCUUCCCGUCGCACACACCGCAACAACACCCAGAGACCUACUUUUUGAUGCGGCGGAGCAAGGAUGGAUACGUGAGCGCUACUGGCAUGUUUAAGAUCGCGUUCCCGUGGGCAAAGGUCGAGGAGGAACGAUCCGAACGUGAAUACCUCAAGGCACGGGAGGAGACUAGUGAGGACGAGAUUGCGGGUAAUGUGUGGAUUUCACCGGUUUUCGCCUUGGAGUUAGCCAAGGAGUAUCAGAUGUUCGAUUGGGUUCGCGCAUUGUUGGAUCCUACCGAUAUCGUCCAGAGUCCAUCUAGUGCCAAGAAGCAAAUCACUCCUCCGCCCAAAUUCGACAUGCCACCGAUCGAAGCUCCCAUUCAACUUUCCGCUGCCGCAACACGACUCAGACGUGGACGGUCCGCAUCGCCGAGCAAGAGAGCUGCUUCGCCACGCAAGCCUAGAACCACGCGGGCCACCAAGGAGGCUAACGUCGCUGCAACGAAUGCCGCAAACGCUAGUCUUCAGUCGUCGCUGGAGGCUGAUGCCGGGUCGGCCAAUGGAACCGUGGAGCAAAGCGUGGAAGUUGACGAGGAGGAAACCAAGUCAGAAGUGGUAGAGAAGCCACGGACAACAACCAGGUCAAAGAAGGCCGCCGCCCCCGUUGAGAAAGAAGAAGAGGGAGAAGAAGAAAAGAAGGUCAAGGUUGAUGUCGAAGAAUCCGUGGACAAGGGGAAGGACGCUCAGACGAAGCAGACCACCUUCUCGGUUGAGAUGCCCGUCAAAUUUCUCCCAGACGCACCCUCUGCAGAGGACACGGAACAGAUGAUUGCCAAGGCAAGAGAGAUGGUGCAAGAAGCAGUUGACAGCAAAGCCACAGAGGAAGUGCCUGCAGAGUCAUCAUCAAGGGGCGCUCAGAAGCGCAAGACAGAUGACCUGAGUAAAGACUCGGAGGACGAGGAGACCAAGGCCGCUUCGACUCAGCGUGUCAAGCGGGCAAAGGUGUUGGAAGAGAAGCUCAAGCGGGAACGAGUGAGGAACCGUGCUUUGGUUGGAGUUACGGCUGCUUUUGCCCUUGCGGCCUCGAUUCCUUACUUUUUCUAG